GAGAGAGAGAGAGAGAGAGAGAGAGAGAGAGAGAGAGAGAGAGAGAUUUCUGGUUCUGAGCCCGCUCCCCUGCUCUCCGGCAUGGCCUUCGUUCUCGUCUCUCUCUUUCUCUUUCUGUGAUCUGAUUGCUGAAACUUUUGGAAACUCUUCACAUUUAGGAUUCCCUUCGUUUUGUCUGCCGAUUGCUGUUUUUUAACUGGAGGGAAAUUUCUUGAUUGCUUUAGUACAUUUACUCCUUCUGUUCGUCGAUCAACGGACUUCGGGCUGAGAAAACCCCAACUCGCGCUGUUUUUCUUCUUGUUUGCCGUUCAUUCUUAUGGCUGCUCCUAAUUUACCCGAUGACAACCCUGUAACGGCAACCGGAGCCCACCAUUCUCGUAACUCCGGCCAAAAUAUAAGCAGCCCUAAACCUCGCCGCGCCACUCGCCCAGUGUCGUCGCCGUGGACUCAGAUUGUGCGUGGUGAGUUGGAAAUCCCAGCCGUUGUUUCGGCUUCUCCAUCGAAUAUGACAUCUACGACGGCUAUUGUCGAACCGUGUUCUCCUUCGCCUUCUUCUUUAGUUGCGGAAGAAUCUGUUGGAGAGAUAUCAGAGAGUGGGAAUGAGUCACAAUCCAAUGCGGGAAAUAAGCCCGCCUGGAAUAAGCUGUCUAAUGGGGCCGCGAAGGUAGGGCCUGUUAUGGGUGCUGUAUCUUGGCCAGCCUUAUCGGAGUCUACUCGGUUCUCAAUCAAAUCGUCUUCGGAAUCACCGAAAGGCUCAGCUGAUGGAUCUGUUGGCCCUGCAUGCCAGGGGAUAGGUAAUCCAUCAUCCUCACCACAUAAAGAAUUUAGUACUGCAAGCCCUAUUCUGAAUCCGACUCCGAAUCCAAACCCAACUCAUCGUCAGAAGCCAAUGAAGCGUAGUGGUGUUGGCAAUUCAUACAGUGGUGGUGCCUCUCAACAGUCGACAAUUUCAGGUUCUAUAAUUGAUACUACUCCAAAUAAUCCAUCGUCGAAGGACCACAUUCAAAGGAGUUCAUUUGCCUCACAAUCACACAAUGAUCAUAAUUAUCAACAUCAACGUAACUUUAGGAGUCGUGGGUCUGGUUACUCACGUGGUGACAGUUUUCACCAGCACAGUCAUGGUUCUAGGCGUGAUCAAGAUCGUGGAAACCAUGAUUGGAAUCCCCAUCGAAAUUAUGGACAGUCUCAGAGAGUUAUUCAAAGAUAUAUAAGGCCUCCACCACCUCCUAGUACUGCAACGUUUAUUCCUUCAUCUAUGAGGCCUAUUGGCGGUCCCAUGCCUUUUCAUGAAUUUGGACCUCCAGUGGUAUAUGUCGCAGCUUCUCCUCAAGAGGCCCUUAGAGGUGUACCUUUUGUGGCUCCAAUGCCACCUAAUGCCGUGUUUUACCCUACUUCAGAUCCUCAGUUAUAUGCUAAGAUAGUCCAUCAAAUAGAAUACUACUUCAGUGGUAAGAACUUAAUAAAGGAUACUUUCUUGAGAGGGAACAUGGAUGAAGAUGGAUGGGUUCCAAUUCAUUUAGUAGCAGGCUUUAAAAUGGUUCGAGCACUUACUGACAAUAUCCCAGUGAUAUUGGAUGCUUUGAGGAUGAUAUCUACUGUUGUGGAAGUACAGGGGGAUAAGGUAAGGAGGCGAAAUGAUUAUAGUAGAUGGAUAAUGCUCCCUUCAACUCAAACUUCUAAUGUCGUUGCCCCAUUAAACCCAGCAAACUCCAGUCAAGAUAUGCUGGCUGCUGGUGUUCAGAGUAUCAUGUUAGAGACUAAUAAUGGUAGCAAUACGGAAGGCCGGGGUGAUUUUUAUGUCGAGACUCCGCAAAGUAGAUCACCUCGGAAUUUUAAUACCCAGUCACAGCUGCCAGGCACAGGCAAGCCAAAUAUUGAGACAGGUUUGGAUCACUCCUUCUCGGCAAGGAAUUAGACCUUGUACAUGCUGAUGCCCAUGUCUUUUAUGAGGACAAAAAAAAAGUAGAUAUGGGUAGUAGAGACUAAGGAGAUAAGUUAUGAAACUGGUUUCUGUUAAAUAUGGAGGCCUUCUUGAUGCACGAUGAAUCUUUUUUCUCUCGUGUGGUUAGGUAAAGGCGGCAAACUAUGACGAAUAAGGAGGCAAAAUGAUGGUAAAAAAGUGAGACAACUCUAAGAAGUUACAAAAUACUGAACAUUUUCUUUUAUCGGCGACGUUUGUUACUUGAAUUUAUUUCCUUUUUGUUCUCCUCCUUGGUGAUGAUAUGUACUCAACCAUGGAGAAUCCUGAUAUGCUUCCCCAUGGUGGUGCCCCUCAGUUGGUUAGAUAUCCAUCCUUGGAGGCAGAAAACCUUGAGUCAUCUGGGAGAAGACAAGUAAAAAUGGUUCUGCAAAGGAAGUAAAAAUGCUGGCUGAUCUUUCUUCAUUGUUAAUUUAGAGAGACUGACCUUCUUUGGAUGCUGAUUGCAGCUGCUGCUCCAUCAUGAAGGCCUUUUUCCUUUUUUUUCUUUUUCUUUUCUCCCUUUUUUUCCCAAGACUUCUUAUGGUUUGCUCUAUAAAUGAUGAUGUCAAAUGGAAUAACUUUGCAUAUGGUACUUGUAACUUUUUGAAUACUUGACUGCAUAAAAUGUGCCCGUCUGUGUAUACAGCUUGUGGUUGGCGCAUCUUGUUAUGAACUUUAUUUUCCAUCUCU